GAAAGGGUGUCGGAAAGGCGCCUCCUCGCUGGUGGAGGCGGCAGCGUUCGUGCUCUGAGGGUCUCCCUGUUGCCGCGGGCGGGCUCCGGCAGGCCGAAGGCGCCUGAGGGGGAAGAAGACAGGCGCCACUUUGGCAUGAAGAGACAGACUCACGUAGUCGCCAGUCAUUUAAGCUGAGUGCAUUGUGAUUUCCAAUAAUUGAGGCAGUGGUUCUAAAAGCUGUCUACAUUAAUGAAAAGAGCAAUGUGGCCAGCUUGACUAAGCCGCCAGCGUGUGCAGCGCGGGCAGGACGGCCAGCACCCGGGUCUCGGCGGACUUGUGCAUGUUAGCCAGCUGGUAGCUUUAUGUAAGGGUUCCUAAAACUCUGAUUUUCACAGUAGCCUUACUGCAUUUAACAUGGAGACAUGUGAGAGUCCCUCUCCUGUCCCAUGUGAGGCCGCAGGAGAAGCAAUGAUGGAGAGCCGAGUGUGCCCUUUCCCAGCACUGCCCUGUGAACAGUCUCCACCACCUCCCCUGCAAACGUCCAGUGAUGCAGAGGUAAUGGACGUUGGCUCUGGUGGUGAUGGGCAGGCCGAACCCCCUGCUGAGGAUCCCUUCAACUUCUACGGACCAUCUCUUCUCUCCAAAGGAGCCUUCUCUAAGGGCCGCCUGCUCAUAGACCCGAACUGUAGUGACCACAGCCCGCGCACUGCCCGGCAUGCACCUGCGGUCCGGAAGUUCUCCCCCGACCUUAAGUUGCUUAAGGAUGUAAAGAUUAGUGUGAGCUUUACCGAGAGCUGCAGGAGUAAGGACAGGAAGGUGCUGUACACAGGAGCGGAGCGUGGCCUGCGGGCUGAGAGCACCUUGCUUCUUAGCCCUGUUGGUGGAGACAUGCAUGCUUGUCCCUUUGGCAGGAGUGUUGGUAACGGGGUAGGCCUAGGGGGGGAGAGCGCUGAGCAGAAGGAUGAGGAGAAUGAGCUGGAACAGGAAAAGAGAGUGGAGUAUGCAGUGCUCGAUGAGUUAGAAGAUUUUACUGACAAUUUGGAGCUAGAUGAAGAAGGCACAGGCGGGUUCACGGCUAAAGCAAUCGUUCAGAGAGACAGAGUGGACGAAGAGGCCUUGAAUUUCUCCUACGAGCUUGUUUUGCAGGAUGAUUUUGACAAUGAUGUGGAUGCUCUGCUGGAGGAGGGCCUGAGUGCACCCAAAAAGAGGCGCCUGGAGGACAAAUACGGAGGGGACAGUGACCAUCCAUCCGAUGGCGAGACCAGUGUGCAGCCAAUGAUGACCAAGAUAAAAACUGUGCUCAAAAGUCGUGGCCGUCCCCCUACAGAACCAUUGCCUGAUGGGUGGAUCAUGACAUUCCAUAACUCUGGAGUCCCCGUGUACCUGCACAGAGAGUCUCGGGUGGUCACCUGGUCCAGGCCAUACUUCUUGGGAACGGGAAGCAUACGGAAACAUGACCCUCCUCUGAGCAGCAUUCCCUGUCUGCAUUACAAGAAGAUGAAGGACAACGAGGAACGGGAGCAAAGCAGUGACCUCAACCCCAGUGGGAGUGUGGAGGUGUUGCCUGUCAAGCCCCUGAACCGAAUCGCUGAGCUGGAGUUCCCCCAGGAGGAGCUCGACACCCUGGGCACUGACUGCGGGCCCCUUGAUGAAAAGGACCCAAUGGGGGCUGAGGCUGCCCCCGGGGCCCUGGGGCAAGUAAAAGCCAAAGUUGAGGUGUGCAAAGACGAAUCCGUUGGUCUUGAGGAGUUUCGGGACUACCUGGAGAAGCGCUUUGACUUUGAGCAAGUUACUGUGAAAAAGUUCAAGACGUGGGCCGAGCGGCGGCAGUUCAACCGAGAAAUGAAAAGAAAGCAAGCUGAGUCUGAGAGGCCCAUCUUGCCGGCUAAUCAGAAGCUCAUCACUUUAUCUGUACAAGAUGCUCCCACCAAGAAAGAGUUCGUCAUUAACCCCAAUGGGAAGUCUGAGGUCUGCAUCCUGCACGAGUACAUGCAGCGGGUCCUCAAGGUCCGGCCCGUUUACAAUUUCUUCGAAUGUGAGAACCCAAGUGAGCCUUUUGGUGCCUCGGUGACCAUUGAUGGGGUGACUUAUGGAUCUGGAACUGCAAGCAGCAAAAAACUCGCAAAGAACAAAGCUGCUCGAGCUACAUUGGAAAUCCUCAUCCCUGACUUUGUUAAGCAGACUUCCGAGGAGAAGCCCAAAGACAGCGAAGAACUUGAGUAUUUUAACCACAUCAGUAUUGAGGACUCUCGGGUCUAUGAGCUGACCAGCAAGGCCGGGCUGUUGUCUCCGUAUCAGAUCCUCCACGAGUGCCUUAAGAGAAACCAUGGAAUGGGUGACACGUCCAUCAAGUUUGAAGUGGUGCCUGGCAAAAACCAGAAGAGUGAAUAUGUCAUGGCCUGUGGCAAGCACACCGUGCGCGGGUGGUGUAAGAAUAAGAGAGUCGGCAAGCAGUUGGCUUCUCAGAAGAUCCUGCAGCUGCUGCACCCCCACGUCAAGAACUGGGGGUCCUUGUUGCGCAUGUACGGCCGUGAGAGCAGCAAGAUGGUCAAACAGGAGACCUCAGACAAGAGUGUGAUCGAGCUCCAGCAGUAUGCCAAGAAGAAUAAGCCCAACCUCCACAUCCUGAACAAACUGCAGGAGGAAAUGAAGAAGCUGGCAGAGGAGAGGGUGAGUGCCCGGAGCCUGAGGCUUGAGACCCACAGCAGCCUCCUGUCAGUGCCAAGAACUCCACCUCUCUCUUCCCCUUUUUCCUUCUGACAGCAGCAGGUUUCCCAGUCUCUGGCAUCUGGGAGGGAAAUUCCACUCCUAUGUUGGUCUGUCGCUGAUUCCUUGUGUCCUUAAAGAUGUCUCCCCUUGGUCAUUCAGAUGAAAUCGGCUUUUCCUUGAGCCUUUCCUACAGCUUGUCUAGAAUGAAAGCAAAGUGCUUUGCUUAUAGGGAGCUGGCGGCCAUGCCUUCUCUGCAGAUGAAGACCAAUUCAGGGUAAUCAUUGUAGUGUGAGGGCACCACACCUGCCCAGGUCCAUGUCCUGUAAACUCACUAGCCUGCUCUACACAGUGUAGUGCUGGGCCUUUUUCUUCCUCAGGCCCUCGGCAGUUCUUGACAGAUGGUGCCAGACUGUGGUACAGGGAGCCAGUGGUCAAGGGGAAGGUUCUUAAAGCCACCUCUGGUUCACCACCCCAGGAGGAGCACUAGGAACAGAGGACAGGGUGGCUUGUUAGGGCAGUGGCAGUGUCCCCGAUGUAUAGGCACUGACUGCUUAUGACCCUGGAGGCAGUGGGGUGCCUAUCUUGGGUUGGGAAAAGGCUGUGGGGCUCAGAGGGCUCUGGGCCUUGGACUGAGGGUAGGCCUGGGCCUCCAGAUCCUGGCUGUGGCAAGGAGAGGUGGUGGAUGGGAAUAGACCCUCAUGGGGUGGACUCAGUGCACCCCUACCUUGGCACUGUGGGGCAAUGAUGCCCCUUGGGCUCAGAAGUACCUCCUAGCCCUGCUUUGCUGGGGUGCUGGGGUCUCCCUCAUCUCUUGUUCUUCCAGGAGGAGACCCGGAAGAAGCCUAAGAUGACCAUUGUGGCGUCCGCUCAGCCUGGUAGCGAGCCCCUGUGCACCGUGGACGUGUGAGGGACACUGGGCUGGGACAUGGGGGCCGCCACUGCAGUCACACACCCCUCAGUGCAGUGGCAGUCUCCAGCCUCAGCUCCUCACGCAGCUGGUGUCCAGAAGGGCAGUGGCUCUGGCGCAAGGACAGCUCACUGAGCAGACGGAGGAACUCUCACCCUUGCUCAGGACCUGUUCCCAAUCGUGCCAUGGUGGGCAAUGACAGAUGCUGAUAAAGUGACACCCACAGCGGGCCUGGCCACCCUUGUCCCCAUCUCUCUGAAACCAUCAUUGCCACCACAUCAGUGAGGAGGGGCCACGGCAGCCCUCCUGAUGUAAAAUGAGCACGAGUUUUACAUCAUAUGUAUUCUCCUGAGACUCCCGGACCAGUGGGAGCGCCUUCAGCUUUGUAGCCCCUAGAUCAGUGAGCCCUUAACCUCCACUGCCUUGGAGGAUUUUUACAAAUGUUUCUUGCACACUCAGCUUCAUCUGUCCAUUUUUAAAACAUUUAUAUUUUACCAUUUGGAGAGAGACGUUGGUACAUGUGGGAGAAUGUAUCAACUAUAAACGUUUAAGGCAUUUUAGCACGUGGAUUCCAGAUGUUGAAGAAAAGUGGUAACAAAGACCUUCAGGGCAACCCAUUUGUGCAUUGUACACCAGGCUCCAUGCCUGCGUGUUGGAUGCCAAGCGUACUGCUGCAGCAAGAGCCCAGGGCCAGACCCCCCACAGGUGGUGUUCAUAGUCUGCACCAGGUGGACUAGGGCACCCACAGUGAACCCCUCCUUCUGGCUCAUGGGUUGGACAAGGGCUUCUUCAAUGACCUGUAAGCUCUGUGCUUCUGUCUGUAGCUGUGAAGGGUCCUGGUGAACCAAAGCUUCUAGCAGUUUCCUGUGAGGCCAGGAGAUAGGGCCAGCCUCUUGGAGGGGGUUCUGUGCAACAUAGCCCAUGGUGAUCUGGGUGGCUUCUGCCCUGGUUGUGGGGCUGACCCCAUAAAUCAAGACUGUCGCAAGAA